AUGCCUCUUAACCUAUUUUUUGUCGGCCGAGUCGACGCCGGCAAAGGGCCUCCCAAAGGCAACGCAUAUAGCGAGGUCGACGGCCACAAAUUACUGCAUCUCUCCAUAAACAGGAAUACUUUGCAAGACCGGCAGCAGGCACGAACUGCCCCUGCUACUGCCCCGUCAAUUCAAGCAGGUCCCACGAAGGGCUACUCAGGAUCGGAAUCGGCCAUGGACACAAUCAUGAAGACGCAGGCGAGUCUGGUGGACUCGUGCACUCGUCGCUUGCGUGAGCCACACGGUCGCGGCAAAGCCUCAAGCCCCUUCGAGUUCGAGCGCCAUGCCGGCAUGGGCGCCAACAAGCGACAGAAAAGCAGUAUGCACCGCUCGUUCCGAAUGCCCAGCUACAGCCAGCUAGGACCCCGCCACCGGGCAGCGCUCUUCCCCGUGCUACCGCCCAACGUCCCCAGGAUGGUUCCGCCCGAAUUGCAGGGCUAUACGAUGGUCGAUCAUCGCAUCUGCAUCUACUGGUGGUCCGAGAAGAAGUACCUCGCGGGUACGGUGACGGAUUUUGACGAUUCGUUACAUUAUCCGUACCGCAUCGACUACGACGACGGUUACGUCGACCACGUCAAUCUUAACGAGGAGUCUUGGCACCUAGACGAGCGAGAUGAAGUCUCGCUCCCUGCAGCUCUUCUGGCGCGCAUACUGUGGUAG